UGGUAGAAAACUCCAUUUCAACUAGCAACAUUCUUAUAAUGCCAACUUCAAAAUAUUAGGCGAUGCCAACUUCCUUUUUCUUGUGUUCUUUUGACAACACGAGGUUAACGUGCCUAGGUGAACCAUAAUGGCUGAAGAAAAUUGGAAUGAUGAUGGCGCUGAUCCCGGCAGCAUGGCUGUAGAAUCCGUGCCACUGCCGCAAGCUGACAUUCCAGAAAUCAAAUUAUUCGGAAGGUGGAGCUGUUAUGAUGUUCAGGUGUCCGAUAUGUCUCUUCAAGAUUAUAUUUCUGUGAAGGAGAAGUAUGCCAAAUACCUGCCCCACUCUGCAGGUAGGUAUGCCCACAAACGUUUCCGUAAAGCGCAGUGCCCUAUCGUUGAGCGUCUGACUAACUCACUGAUGAUGCACGGAAGAAACAACGGCAAGAAACUGAUGGCCGUUCGCAUUGUCAAGCACGCUUUUGAGAUCAUCCACCUUCUAACUGGUGAAAACCCACUGCAGGUUCUUGUGACAGCCAUCAUUAACUCUGGACCUCGUGAAGACUCUACUAGGAUUGGUCGUGCAGGAACAGUGCGUCGUCAGGCUGUGGAUGUGUCACCCCUCCGCAGAGUGAAUCAAGCUAUUUGGCUAUUGUGCACUGGUGCACGUGAAGCUGCCUUCAGGAACAUUAAGACAAUUGCCGAGUGUGUUGCUGACGAACUUAUUAAUGCUGCUAAGGGUUCAUCUAACUCUUACGCUAUUAAGAAGAAGGACGAGCUGGAACGUGUGGCUAAAUCCAACCGUUAAAAGGUUUUAUACAUGUAAGGACAAAAUAAAAAUGUAAGAAAAG